CGAACCGUGGUUUGCAAGUGCGCAGGCGCGCGCGCCCUUCCGCGCAUGAGCAGUGCUGCUCAGAGCCCGCCAGCCACGGUCUCGGGCGCCAGCUACGCCGCUGCCGCUGUCACUAUGGCCCAUUACAAAGCCGCCGACUCGAAGCGCGAGCAGUUCCGGAGAUACUUGGAGAAGUCGGGGGUGCUGGACACGCUGACCAAGGUAUUGGUAGCCUUAUAUGAAGAACCAGAGAAACCUAAUAGUGCUUUGGAUUUUUUAAAGCAUCAUUUAGGAGCUGCUACCCCAGAAAAUCCAGAAAUAGAGCUGCUUCGCCUAGAAUUGGCAGAAAUGAAAGAGAAAUAUGAAGCUAUUAUAGAAGAAAAUAAAAAACUGAAAACAAAGCUUGCUCAGUAUGAACCACCUCAGGAGGAGAAGCGUGCUGAAUAGGAUUCUUCUCAGUUGAAAAGACACUGAAAAAAUGGUUUUGUAUGACUUGAAUAGUUUGUAUAGUAUAUAAUCUUUUCUGAACAGAUGCUCUAGAACUCUUUUAAUAUGUUGAAUUCACCUAUCACACUUUAACUGUUACAAACACAUAUACUUAGAAUCACCAAUAAAAACUCAAUAUAACUUUCUUUGGGUCUUAAAAGCAGGAGAAUCCAAAGUGAAUCCUGGAAAAAAAAAAUCAAAACACAGGCAUCUAAUUCAUUAUCUUAAAAGACAUUCUGUGUGUUAGUCUGACUAGGAAUGAUGGUACUGGUUGUAUUUUAGCCAAGGAAAUUCAGCAUGGAGCUGUUCCUUCGUUUAGUGCAGGAUAUGAGCACAGGUACAGUCCUUCUUUAAAACGAAGAUGACACUGUUGUUCAUAUCCUCUGUAGGCAGCUGGAGAGAUCUGUGUGACAGAAGAUGCUUUUGCACGGGUUCCCACCAAUUUUCUGCCCUUGUUUAUAUAAUGUGGAACAAAUAACUCUUCUUUGCCACCACUUUGCCUUAGAGAACCAUGUGUGUGCCAGUUUGAACUCUGACACCACGUUUCCUUCUAUGCAAUCAUGCCGUAUCUGAUAAUGUUGCCUUGUUUUGCUGUGUUUCAGUGGGUCCUCGCUGCACAUUGGCCUGCGUUGUUUUUCAAUUUGCUAUUAGUAUAGCAGUUACCCUGACUGUAAUUUAUAUAACUUCAAACAGGAUCACACUGUUCCCCUGCCUUACUGAGUUGCUUAGUUGAGCACAGAACUGAGGCAAUGUAAAAUUCUGGGUUCACGCACAAGCUGGGAUAAGAAGGGGAAUGAGCCAUAUAUCGUGGAAAACUAUAGUUUGCGGGUAUAAUUAUAUAGUGCUUUUUUCCCUCAAAGUAUUUUUCUAGCCUUGAAUUCAUUUUAUCUUCAUUAUCCCUGUGAAGUAGGUAGGGCAAGUAUGAGGUGAGGUUGGGUGCUGAAUUUUUAGGCCAAAGACUGAUAUUAAUACAAAUUAUUUACUAACUGUAGAGCUUUGGGCACUUCAGUUAACUGCUCUGAGAUUCACUUUCCUCAUCUGUUAAAUAAGAAUAAUAAUAUCAGUGCUGCCUACCUCACAGGGUUGUUGUGAGGGUCAAAUGGAAUGUAUGUGAAAGAUCUGUAAAUGGUAAAGCACUAUAUUCUUGUUUGUUAGUCCUUUUCCUUUCUUUUGGAAGACCUAAGGUCAGAUGUUUCAUUUUAUCGGUCA